AUGAAACCCCAUGCCCCCGCCCUGCAUCCCAAGGCUGCCGACAGCCCUAUGUCAUUUACCACCAACAUUUCUGUGCCGUACAUACCACCCAGACAAAAGGCCUCGACCGCAUGCCGUGAGUGCAAGCGCCGGAAGUGCAAGGAUGGGGAUAUGCGACGGAAGCUAGGCAACAGGCGCAAGAUUGAUAAACUAGAAAAGGAGAAAGUGCCUCCGGCCCAGUUAGAGCUCUCCAUCGACAGUAGACUGGCAGAGCAAGACCAGAAGCAGACACCUAUCUGGCCCGGCCGGUACGACCACGCGCGAUCGUCAUCCGACUCCAAAGGUCCCCAUUGCAUCUCCCUGCAUCGCGCUCGGAGUACCAAACAACUGGUCGACGCUCCCAUCUGUUAUAUCCCAGCAAAGCCUUGGCCUUCGGUCACCGGAUCCGAUGAAUUCGUGUCACAUUUGGUCUCGAUCUGGCUUACGUGGAGUCAACCUUUCUACAACUUGGUGAAUCGGGAUCUUUUCCUUCGCGAUGCUCAGGCAGAGGUGCCUACGUCAGAGUUCUGUUCCCCGUUCCUGAUGAACUGUAUUCUUACAGAAGCCUGUACAAUGGUUGACAAAGUGGAUGGUCAGUGUGACUUGGCUACUUCGCAGGGCUGCGGACUGUUUACUAUCUGCAAAGGCUACUCAGGACCCUACCCGCUACUAACCACUUUAACGCCACAGGGCCGGGUUGCUAGUGAUGCUGCUAACUGGGCCAUAUACAAUCUCUCAGCAAUGACAUCGAUCGCAUGGAUGAAUGCCGUUCAGUCGCAUAGUGCUUGCGUGUUCAGCAAUCUUUGCGAGCUGAGCACAAUCAGUAUGUAUGCGAGUGCACUGAUCUUCGGCAGUGGCCAGAUACCGCCCCUAGAUAGUCUCACACGCACUUUGAAGACGGUUCGAGAGAAACUGGAUCAAUGGAGAGAUAAUCUGCCCGAUAUGGUGUACCAGGCAAGUGUGAUGAUCCUAUGGGGACUUCUCAAAGAGCAAGGUGAUGCUGCCCAGUCCAGCACUAAAAACAUCAGGCUCGCAGCGAGGCAAGUCUGCCUCAACGCAGCGGAGGCCUUUGUUCAGCUCCUCCGCAAUUAUCGCACCAAAUGGGGGAUUGACUAUAUGUCCCUUACCACCAUAAUCUGCCUGAACACGGCGCUGUUCACUCUGCUAGAUGAACUCGGUGAUCUGGGGUGUAAAAACGCCUUCAUGGAGCUCUGUUUAGUUGCCCGUGCCUGUUCCCGCAAGUGGCCUCUGAUGAAAGGCCACAUGCGUAUGUUGCAACUCUCAGCACAGCGCAAGUGUGUGAGUCUUCUUCCGGAGACCCAUGCGCUAUUCGUUGACUUCGAAGCAACCAUAUGGGACAGACAUGAUCAUGAACGCUUUAGAGGUAUUUAUCCCAACUUGAGCGCGGUAGACGAAAGUAAUGGCACCAAUAUCCGCUGGCCAAUCAUAGCUGUUUCUCAAUCCCCCUUCAUCGGAGCCGAAAAUUGUCUGAGGCAAGGUACACGCACAUACCGUAGCUGA